AUGAGCCACGAAAUGCUUCCUGUCAAGAUGGGAUCGAUUGCGGUCAAUGAAGAGAAGCCGGGAUAUCAAAAUGGAGGAGCUUAUGCUGGUGCACGAACUGAAGGGACCAAGAACACCCAAACUCGUGUUCGAAGAAUUUUCAGCUUCGCCCAGAUUUUCUUUUUUGCUCUCAGUUACAUGUCGUCCUGGGAGGCCAUUUCAUCAAACGUGGCGUUCUUUUUCUGGAAUGGCGGACCUCGAGCACUUUCCUUUGGGUUCUUCUUCGUCAUCACUGGAGUGUUGUGUCAAGUUGCUUCCAUGGCAGAAAUGGCCUCAGUUCAGCCAAUUGCAGGUGCUCAGUACCACUGGACUCAUUAUCUAGCCCCCCCCGGUCACCGAAGAUUCAUUACCUGGAUGCAAGGCUGGAUUACUUGGUUCUCCUGGAUAUCCCUUUUGGCCGGUGUCGUGAACAUCGCAGCUCUCAUCGUCCAGACCUUGGUCAGCGCAUCCUUCCCCGACUAUGUCCCCAAGGGUUGGCACGUAACCUUGAUCAUCUAUGCCAUGCUCAUCGUCCAGGGCCUGAUGAAUCAAUUCUUCUUCUGGCUCCUUCCGUGGAUGGAGUUGCUCGCUGGUCUGCUCCAUAUCAUUACCUGGAUUAUUUUCGUUUCCGUACUGGUGACUCUUGCGCCUCGUCAUUCAUCAGAAUUUGUCUUUUUGGAGAAGACUGCGCUCUCUGGAUGGAAUAAUGAAUACGUCUCCUUCAAUCUCGGUAUGAUCACAGCAACGUGGGGCUUUGUUGGCUUCGACGGAGCGGUUCACAUGUCUGAGGAAGUACGAAAGGCACGACAUGCCGUUCCUCGAGCAAUGUUCUGGAGUAUUGUUAUGAACGGUGUCCUUGCGUACGGAAUGAUUCUCGUAAUCUUGUACUGCCUGGGCGACGUUGAUGAGAUUCUUGCAUCUGGCUAUCCUCUCAUCACCAUCUGCAUCAAUGCCACUCAAUCCGUGACUGCAGGGUCGGCUAUGGUUGGCGCAAGUAUGAUUGUUACAAUUGCUUGCUCCAUCGGUAGUGUCGCCUCAGCUUCUCGACUCACUUGGGCUUGGUCUCGUGAUGGUGGGCUGCCAGCAUAUUUCUCCCACAUCGACCCCAAGCACCGCAUCCCCAUCCGCUCGGUCUGGUUGCCAAUCUUCAUCGUCAUGCUUCUUGCUCUCCUCAACAUUGGCAGCAGCAUCGCCUUUAGCGUCAUUGUCGCCCUGUCGACUCUUGGGUUGUACCAAUCCUACCUCAUCGCCAUCGCCUGCAUGUUGUACUCUCGCCUGCAGGGCAGAAUCGAACCGGGUGGCUGGUCGUUAGGUUGGUGGGGUCUGCCUAUCAACAUCUUCGCUAUCAUAUACUCCGCCUACAUCAUGAUCUUCCUCUGCUUCCCUUCUUUCCUCCCGGUCGACGCCACUUCGAUGAACUACGCCCUCCCAAUCAACGCCUUCGUUCAAAUCGCUGCUGUCAUCCUCUGGUUUGCUUGGGGAAAGAAGAACUGGAAGGGCCUCAACAAGGAGAUCGUCGAUGCUGUCGUUGCUGACUCUGAUCGUAAUACCGCGGAUUAA